UCGCCUCGCCUCUCUCUCCCGCGCCAAGCCUCCUUCUCCGGUGACAACAGCCGUGUUCAGUCGCCGAGCCUCUCGAUACAUUUAGACUCCGACAGCCGUAGAGACCUUCCGCCAAACGGAAUCCGCCGAGUGAUGUCGGAGUCAUCGAUUCGCUCCGCGAGCGAAGGAUUCGGCGCUAUCCAGGAUCUGAAACGAAGAGGAACGCGCCCUUUCCCGGUGAUCGUGCGAGAGGACGAAGAUGAAGAAUUCGGUGGCGGAUCCGGCUACGGCGGCGGCGAUAGAAGAAUCUCGACCGUGACCGGAGGAAACGGCGGCGAUAGGAUGAAGAUUGGCGCAUACCACGAGGAAAUGCUGAAGUCAAACCCUACGGACGCUCUUUUGCUUAGAAACUACGGGAAAUUCCUGCACGAGGUUGAGAAAGACACGGCGAAAGCGGAGGAA